AUGAUGCCUGGCAUUUUCUCAAGGCCGAAUGCUACCAUUUACUGUCGCAUUCGGGAAGCAUUAAAUCGGCAACAAGGAGUGCCGCAAUCCUUGUAUAGAAGUUCAGGCUUGUCUGUUUGUUCACUGUAUUCAGCUUCCUUUUUGCCCGGUUCAAUUCAUUGCUCUUCAAGCCACAUGCUAAACAUAAAAUCAAUGGUUAAUGUUUCACAUUCCAAUGCUGUGCUGGGGGAUGUUGAUGGUUUAAUCUCAGGUUGUGGUAGUGUGCUAGACUUCACAAAGCCUGCUGUUGUCUACUUCAUAGACAGAAGUCUUAAAAGUUGCCUAAGGGGUAGUGUGAAUCUACGGAGACCACAACCUUUGAGUUUUGGUAUGACUACAUUCGAUGCUAAUUGGAGGAUCCGGGAUUCCAGUUUGCUUCAUGGAUCAUGGUUCAAGAAUUUCUCUACCUCCUCUUCGGCUUGCCCCUCAGCUGGGGUUGCACAUGCUGUCUCUUUUGAUGGCAGCCCUCCUGAUGAACAGCUUGCAAAUUCCUCUUUUUCACAUGACCUAACUACUGUUGGUGGCAAGAACUUGAAGAUGUUGUCAGGAUCUUGUUACCUACCGCAUCCAGAUAAGGAGGAUACAGGAGGAGAGGAUGCUCAUUUUAUUUGCACAGAUGAACAAGCAAUCGGUGUUGCUGAUGGUGUAGGUGGCUGGGCAGAUGUUGGUGUUAAUGCAGGACUGUUUUCCCGGGAACUUAUAUCCAAUUCAGUGAGAGCAAUUCAAGAGGAGCCCAAAGGAUCUUUUAAUCCAACAAGGGUGUUAGAGAAGGCUCACUCAAAUACAAAGGCCAAGGGUUCAUCAACAGCUUGUAUUGUUGCCCUUACUGAUAAGGGACUACAUGCUAUUAAUUUGGGCGAUAGUGGAUUCAUUGUGGUUAGAGAUGGAUGCACCAUUUUCCAGUCCCCUGCUCAACAACAUGACUUCAAUUUCACAUAUCAGUUGGAGAGUGGCAAUGGGGCUGACCUACCUAGCUCUGGUGAGGUUUUUACCAUACCUGUUACUUCAGGAGAUGUAGUUAUUGCUGGAACAGAUGGCUUAUUUGACAAUUUGUACAAUAGUGAGAUCACUGCAGUUGUUGUUCAUGCAAUUAGGGCUGGACUAGAGCCCCAAGUAACUGCUCAGAAGAUAGCAGCACUGGCGCGUCAGCGAGCACUGGACCAGAGUAGGCCGACUCCAUUUUCUACUGCCGCUCAGGAAGCUGGAUUCCGUUAUUAUGGUGGCAAACUUGAUGACAUUACUGUUGUUGUCUCAUAUAUAUCUGAUUCAGUUUGCUCGUGA